AUGGCCUCAGUUCAGGAGAGUGGCUGUUCUCUGGAGCUGAGCAACUGGAAUGCCAGCGGCGUCUCCGUCCCUUGCAACCAGAGCGUCCUCAAGCCCCCGCCGUAUUCGCCCGAAGCUACGGCGGCCUUCGCCACUGCCAUAACACUGAUGGUGGUCUUCACCAUUGUGGGGAACAUCAUGGUGAUCAUCGCCGUGCUGACCAGCCACUCCCUGCGAGGACCGCAAAACCUCUUCCUGGUGUCGCUAGCCGCCGCAGACAUCUUGGUGGCCACGCUCAUUAUCCCUUUCUCUCUGGCCAAUGAACUUCUGGGCUACUGGUACUUCAAGUCGCUCUGGUGUGAGAUCUACUUGGCCCUGGAUGUGCUCUUCUGCACCUCCUCCAUUGUCCACCUGUGCGCAAUCUCUUUGGACCGCUACCUGUCCAUUUCCAGGGUCACCUACGGCCGCCAGAGGACUCCCAGACGCAUCAAAGCCGCCAUCGUAGUGGUGUGGCUCAUCUCUUCCAUCAUCUCCUUCCCCCCGCUGCUGUCGCUCAACAAGAGUGAGGUUGGCGACCUCACCAACGAGAGAGGACCUCAGUGUAGGCUCAACGACGAGCGAUGGUACAUCCUCUACUCCACCAUCGGCUCCUUCUUUGCCCCGUGCCUCAUCAUGAUCCUGGUCUACAUAAGAAUCUAUCAAAUCGCCAAGCAGAGAACUCGCUGUCCCCCGGGCGAGCCCCGCAAGGAUGGAGUCGGCGCCGCAACGCCGAGUCAGCCCAAGCGGCAACAACAAGCCAACGGUACAAAAGACGAUGAAAAAUCCUCUUCUGCCGAAAAAAUGUCCAAUGCCAGACCCCCAACCCUCGCCGUAACACCUUCCCCUUCAGGUGGUCAGGCCGAACCCUUACGGGAGCCCGACCCUAAUAAUCUGCAACUACCACCUCCAUCUCCGGCAACGAGCCCGGUCACCAGCUCCCUAGAUACCUCUCAGCAUGUCCCCCCCCCUGCACCCACUAUGCCUCAGUCAAGCAAAGGAGCAAGCAAGAAGUUCAAGGGUCAGAAGCAAAGCAAAUCCCAUAACAACAACGGUGACAGCUCCAGCACCGACAGCGAGGCCAGCAACGAAAGGGGCCGAGGGAGCGCCAGUAUGCCGGGCUCGCCUGCGGGAGGAGGCAUCCACUCCCCGGGUUCCAUUAAGCGCUACAGGAACAUGAUCGCCACAUCGAAGGGGGCGCGCUUGGCGCCGGGCAGGAAGUCCAAAAUUGAUAAUAACCCCGGGGCGGCUCGGCGGAAAGCCAUGGUCAACCGUGAGAAACGCUUCACCUUCGUCUUGGCCGUGGUCAUCGGCGUCUUUGUGGUGUGCUGGUUCCCAUUUUUCUUCUCCUACUCCCUCCAAGCAGUGUGCCCCAUAACCUGCGCCAUCCCCGACCCACUCUUUACUUUCUUUUUUUGGAUCGGUUACUGCAACUCCUCCCUCAAUCCAGUCAUCUACACCAUCUUCAACAAAGACUUUAGGAAGGCUUUCAAAAAAAUUCUGUGCAAAGGCACCAAGGGUACGUUCUUUUAG